GGAACAAGAAUAAAACUCGGCGAUUCCCGCCAGCUCGUCUUUGUAUUUCAGUCGCCGGAUUAGCAAGCAUAGUUAGUGCUGCUGCGGUUAUUUAGCCAGGAGUCAAUAACUUUGAGCCUGACGCUUGAGGAACCUGCGUUUCCACCCAUUUCUCUUUUUGCACGCCCACGCACACACAGGUCGUUCCUGCAACAUGUUCGAGGCUCGGCUGGUCCAGGGCUCGAUCCUGAAGAAGGUGCUGGAGGCCCUGAAGGACCUGAUCACCGAGGCGUGCUGGGACAUCAGCUCGUCCGGCAUCUCGCUGCAGAGCAUGGACUCCUCGCACGUCUCGCUGGUGCAGCUGACGCUGCGUAGCGACGGCUUCGACUCCUACCGCUGCGAUCGCAACCUGGCCAUGGGGGUGAACCUGAGCAGCAUGUCGAAGAUCCUGAAGUGCGCGGGGAACGAGGACAUCAUCACGCUGCGCGCGGAGGACAACGCCGACACGCUGGCCCUGGUGUUCGAGACGCUCAAUCAGGAGAAGGUGUCGGACUACGAGAUGAAGCUGAUGGACCUCGAUGUGGAGCAGCUGGGGAUCCCAGAGCAGGAAUACAGCUGCGUGGUGAAGAUGCCCUCGGGGGAGUUCGCCCGGAUCUGCCGGGACCUGUCCCAGAUCGGCGACGCCGUCAUGAUCUCCUGCGCCAAAGACGGCGUGAAGUUCUCGGCCAGCGGGGAGCUGGGCACCGGCAACAUCAAGCUGUCCCAGACCAGCAACGUGGACAAGGAGGAGGAGGCAGUGACCAUCGAGAUGAACGAGCCCGUCCAGCUCAUCUUCGCCCUCAACUACCUGAACUUCUUCACCAAGGCCACCCCCCUGUCCAAGACGGUCACCCUGAGCAUGUCCGCGGACAUCCCCCUGGUGGUGGAGUACAAGAUCGCCGACAUGGGACACGUGAAGUAUUACCUGGCCCCGAAGAUCGACGAGGAGUCGUCUUAACGGGGCGCUGACUGGCGAGGCAGGGAGGGGGUGUGUGUGUGUGUGUGGGAGGGGUUCUUAUCCCACUGUCUUGUGUGUGUGUGUGUCGGGGGGGAAUGGGGAUUCUGCCGAAGGGUCCCUCCCUCCCGUGUUGGGCUCCCGUCUGUCCAUCUGCGGUUUGAUCCUGGGUCAGUUCCUCUCGUUCCCCCCCCUUCCUGCAGCUUACCGACCCUCUGGUCCUCAGAUCGACCGCUCCAGGCGCGAGAGGAGUUGUUCAAAGCCAGCGUUCCUGCGUGCUGGGGGCCGCUGCCAGGGAAGAGGGUGGGGUGAAGGGAGAAGAGGCGCUAACCUGGUAGCGCUUGUCUGUUUUCAAUGAAAGCCUUGGGAUACCAUCAAGUGACUCCUGUCAAGCGUGCAGCAGUGAUCUGCUUCCCCCAGACACUUCCUGUGUGGCUUGGAGGGCGGUUUCAGACGCUCGUUUUGCCGGAGGGACUAAGCCUGCCAAUUCCAGUGGGAGCAGAAGAGGGGUGGUCCUGAAUUAAUGACUGGCUUCUCAGUAUUUUGGCUGUGUGUGGUAUCUGUUGACCCUUCUUGUCGUUUUCAGUCGUGGAUGGAAUGUGAAGUCACUUGUUUCCCAGCACUUAAUGCAUUUUUAUACCUUAGGCUCCAGUAAACUAUUUUAAUGUAUCCCACGUGGGAAAUGAGUGGCUUGUAUCUUUUAAUGGGAACGUGACUAGUCCAAGGGGGGGUCUCGUGUUCUGUGGACCGACACCCUGAGUGUAGCAGGUCGGUUGCCUUUUCAUUUUAAAACGGGGGUGUCCGGUCCUGGUCCUGGAGGGCCAGUGCAUCUGUGUAAAGCAGCAGCUCUGAAGAGCCUGGAGGAGCUGGUGAACUGGCCCGGUUAAGCCAGUGGCGAGCUCCUCGCUAGCCGAGAGAGAGAAUGAAACCCAGCAGAGAAGCUGGCCUUCCAGGCCUGGGAUCGCACACCCCUGACUUUAAUUCUGUGUUCUGCGAUCCUGAUCCCAGAGAGCCCCGUUCCAGCAGGCUCCGUGGGUCGCUGUUAAAUCCCUUGUUUCUAAAGAUUUGGGGAAAAGGUUUGUAAUGAUGUGUUAAAUGAAGUAACCUAGCGAUCACCUACAGUCGGAGCAAGAUGUGGACCAGAGUCCUUCGGGACCGGUGUUCUCCUAAUGAAACAGCGGCUGGAUUAGCUCACAGGUGACCCCAGAGACUUGUCUGCACUGGGGCUGAUCUGGGCCAGGGGAGGAGAGCUCUCUCUCUCUCUCUCUCGCUCUCUGGAGUAAUUCCAGCACAGUGCGCAAGAGUUGUUUUUCCUCCCUUAUCCUUAAAAAGUGGAGACUUGAUCUGCUGCACUCUGUCCUGAGAUGGGGGAUCUUCCCCGGAUCACAGACCCCAGUGGAAUAAACAUGAAUUUUCUACCCCAAGCUGCAGGAGGUGGGAAUCUCUCCGUUUUCUAUCAUUUCUGUUUAGCCCUGUUAUGAAUCCUCCUGUUUUUUUUUGUAGAUAUUUUUUCUGUAAAUAAGUGUUUUGGGGGGGGAUGACACCUGGUCAUUUAUACAACUUUAAGUUUUACUUUUUUUCCCCCCCAGACUCCUGUAAUAAAAAGAUUUAAAAGUG